GCCAGCCCAGAGAAACAAGGGACAAGAGAGCCACCAAGGUCAGAGCUGGACUGAGCUGCUGAGUUAGACCGUAGAAACAGGACAAUUUCCCCAGAACUCUCUGAGUCAGCAUCGUAUCUGGAUAGCCUGAGGGGCUUCCUGUACACCUGUGUAUUCUCACUGGGCACCUUGAAAGCAUUUUGGCCAACACUACAGGGCCUUGACUCCUUCAUCAUCAUCAGGGAAAUGCUGUCCCUUUAGAAAAGGCAAGUCACCACAUCAUCUUUUCAGCCUGGAACCAGUCCUGGAACUGGCAAGACAAAGGCUCUAGUAAACCAGGCAAUAUGCUGCAGUUCCAGCUUGUUGUGGUGCAUUUGGCCCUUGUGAUUACCCUGCUGCAGUGGAGCUCUAGCUCAGUGCUUCUUGCAGAGGCAGCUCCAGAGCCUUCGGAGCCUUUUGCUGAUCUAGAUAUGGGAGCACAUCCCAUUGCCAGUGAAGAGAAGUCGGCCACCAACCUGGCAGCCAAAUUAUUCCUUCUGGAUGAGCUGGUGUCUCUGGAGAAUGAGGUGAUGGAGACCAAGAAGAAAAGAAGUUUCCCAGGAUUUGGUUCCCCAAUUGACAGGAUUUCUUCGACCUCUAUAGAUACUAAAGUCAAACAGAGGAAAGUGGUUGAGCUGCCUAAGAGACGGUUUGGAGUUCCUCUUGACCGGAUCGGAGUGAGCCGUCUUGGCAACACCAAGGGUGCUUCUGUUCUGAAUGACUGAUGCUGUACUGGAAACAUUACUGAAACACGGAAGAUGCGUCACAGCAUGUCUUAUCAUUGACUUAUGAUACAACACUAAAGGAACUGUUGUCCUGCAAAAUCUGUUUCCCACUGUGUUUUUCAAAUGUUGCAUUUACAAAUAAUAACAAAUUCAAUUCAUCAGGUCGAAAUGCUCUCAUAGUUGUGCACAGUGUCACUGAUAGGAGGGAACAGAAAAUAUGUAUAUAGUUUAAUUGCAUGGCAUUUAUUUCUUAAACUUGCAGAAGUUCAUUAUCCUAGUUAGAUUUUUUUUUUGAUUGAAAAUAAAACUUCCAGAGAUGCCAACAGUCCAUCAAAAUCAGACAGUUUGCUUUGCACAUUUCUUUCAAGGGGGUGUUUGUUUCAUAGAUGAAGGGAAAAUUUAACAGUUAUGGGACAAACCUAAAAUUUAGUUCAACUGCUGUUUGAGAGAAGAUGUCUACUGGCUGCACCGGGAGUUAGUCUGAAUAAGAUCUGUGACAAUACCUUAGUAUUUGUCCUGACGUUUUUAGUAGUCUUUCUUUUAUAUCUGCACCAUAUUUAGACAUGUUUUUAGAUCCUGAAAUGUGGUGAGACUUCUAGUCUAAUGAAUACAUUUCACUCAUCCCUAUGCGUAACAUAAGAUAGCAUCCAAGUAUGAAGUCAUCCACUCACUGGACU